UGCGCAGCAUGCAUUGGCAAACGAGAUUUCUUGUAUAAAUAGAGCAUCCAUCGUUCUCCCCAAUUUUUUCAUUGACACUCGGCAAGCAACAAGCAAAGCAGCAAAGCAAGCAGCUCAAGCAACAAGAACAUUCAAACACACACACACUCUCUCUAAUCAACAUGAAGGCUCUCAUUCUCGUCGGUGGUUUCGGCACUCGUCUUCGCCCCCUCACCUUCUCCAAGCCAAAGCCGCUGGUCGACUUUGCAAACCGCCCCAUGAUCCUUCACCAGAUUGAGGCACUCGCCAAAGUUGGAGUCACAGACAUUGUCUUGGCAGUCAACUACCAGCCACAAACCAUGGUCGAUGCCAUGGAAAAAGUCGAACACGAGUUCAACGUCAAGAUUCACUUUUCCAUUGAGACAGAGCCUCUUGGAACUGCUGGUCCAUUGGCUCUCGCUCGCGAUGUGUUGAACAAGGACGAUUCCGCAUUUUUCGUUCUCAACUCGGACGUCAUUUGCGAGUUUCCCUUCAAGGAAAUGUUGGACUUUCACAAAUCCCACGGCUGCGAGGGCACGCUCAUGACAACUCCCGUUGACGAUCCUUCCAAAUACGGUGUUGUCGUACUCAAGGAAUCCACAUCACAGAUUGACCGAUUCGUAGAAAAGCCAAAAGAAUUCGUCGGAGACUGCAUCAACGCCGGAAUCUACAUCUUCAACCCAUCCAUCCUUAACCGCAUCGAGCCCAAACCCACUUCCAUCGAAAAGGAAAUAUUCCCACACAUGGCCCGCGACGGUCAAUUGCACGCCAUGCCCCUCAAGGGAUUCUGGGCCGAUGUCGGUCAACCAAAAGACUUUCUCACAGGAACCGCACUCUACCUCAACUCCUUGGCAUCACACACCCCCGAGACACUUGCAUCCGGUCCACAAAUCGUCGGCAACGUCCUUAUUCACCCAUCCGCAACAAUUGGUGCCGGAUGCAAGAUUGGCCCCAACGUUGUUCUCGGACCCAACACCAUUAUUGGCGACGGUGUCCGUCUCUCCGACGCUGUCAUCAUGGACGGCUCCCGCGUAAAGGACAAUGCCUUGAUUCGCGACUCGAUCGUCGGCUGGUCAUCUUCCGUUGGACGGUGGUCCCGAUUGGAGCGAGUGACCGUCCUCGGUGAGGAUGUGCACGUCUCCGAUGAAGUCUAUGUCAAUGGAGCUUGCGUCCUACCCCACAAAAGCGUCGGCGCCAACAUCCUCGAGCCAAAGAUUGUCAUGUAAAACAAACCAUCUACUCGUCGUCUCCUUUCUCUUCUAUAUAUAUAUAUAUCUCUCUUGUGUGUUGUGUUCUCUAUCCUAAGUAUAUAGUAUGAGGAUGGGGGGCAUGUUUAUUAUACAUAUGGGCGCUGUCUGUGUGUGUUUAGUGUGUUUAUCCUAAUAGGCCGCUAAUAUAUAAUAUCGAAAGGCAA